AUGAAAGAUGAUUCUGAGUCCAAUGAUGAGUUUGUUGCAACUGAUUUUUCGUUUCAUGUGGAAAGUGAUGAUGAUGAUGAUGCUCCGAUGACUAAAGGAGAUUUUCGCAAAUUGAACAAGAAGUUAGAUGAAAUUCUUUCUCAGUCUUCUACUUUAUUGAAUAUGAAAUAUGGAGAGCUGAUUUCUUCUCAUCAAGAAACAAUUCAGAAGCUGGUUCAAGCUAAUGCUAAUAAUCUUUCACAACACAAGAAGCUUGUUGAAGAUUCUUCUAAAAUAAUCACGUAA